UUCUCUCUCAUCUCUAUCUCUCUCGAGUUCUUUGUCUCCUCCGUCGCCCAGACUUUGGAUUGGGAGGCUGAUGAAUCUUUUAGAUCUUCGAGCGAUAUGAGGAGGAACCAGUCGGCGAGUGAUUUUAGAGCGUCGGGAGGUGGCGGUGCUCCGGCGAAGUCGAAGUCUUCGGAGGAUAUUUUAUUCGAGGUCGCAGCUUGAGGCUUCUCCUGCGAAUAAAGAGAGUUUCUUUGCGAAGAGGAUGGCUGAGAAUGAGUCUAAGCCGGAGGGGCUUGGGAGGUAAGUAUGUGGGGUUUGGAUCAAGCCCUGGUCCUGCUCCCAGGAGUAAUUAUCAGGGUGGUGGUGGAGAUGUUUUCUCUGUCAUGUCUGAGGGGUUUGGAAGAUUGUCUCUUGUUGCCGCAUCAGCUGCGAAUGUUGUUCAGACAGGAACCAUGGAGUUCACUUCCAAGGUCAAAGAAGGUGGUUUAGAUCACACGGUGAGUGAGACUGUUAACGUUGUUGCGAGUAAGACAACCGAGAUAGGACAGAGGACAUGGGGGAUCAUGAAAGGAGUAAUGGCAAUUGCUUCACAAAUGGUUGAAGAGUUCACUAAAGAAGAAGCAUCGACCUGGAACCAACAGAAUACAAACGAGGGCAACGGUUACUACCAGAACAAAGGAGCAACAACGAAUAUGGCGAGCAAGGAUCCGAAUCACGAGCAACCUCCUCCUCUGAGUAUCGAAAUCAAAGCCACUCAGGAUCAAUUCUUCGCUCAUUCUUAGACAAAUUCAACUUGUUCAAAUCCUGUUUCUCUGCUACACACGCUGCGAUAGCUGAAUCUGCUUCAACCGUUAUAUCAUUCCCCGCCAUCUCAAGAACUUCAAUGGGCGAAGCACACUCCUUAAGAGCCUUCGCUACGGCUAUGGCAACUUCAUCCUCUAGGUUCAGAUAACUCAAGUAAAGCUCCGUCAAGUGUUUGUAGCUUGAAAGACUCUUGCUCAGAGAAACUCCUGCUUCUGCCCCAAACAUGUUAUCCCUCAGAUCAAGCUUCUUCAUAUAAGCACAACACUCGAGCCCUUCAGACAAAGCUAUCCCACCUUCAGACCCAACUUUUGUUGUCUUGUUUUCUUGUAUCACGGACCUAGAGAUUGUCAUGUUUUCUUCUUGUUGUCUUGUUUUCUUUUGCUAGUAUACUGCAGUUUAUGUUUCUUUGUCUUUCUUCCCUCCCCCAUAUGUUUCAUCCUAAAACCUUAAAACUUUAUCUACAGCAAGAAGCCAACAACACAAUGCUAGUUUUAUAACAUGCUUCUUUCAAAUUUA